ACUGAUUUUGAAGAACAUAGAGAUAAAAAUCUAGAGCCUCUACAAUAUAAUUCAGCAAUCAUUUUUCGAUACCUACAAGCAAGAACAUUUGACACUUGCAUCAUCUAAGUACUUCCACAAGAACAUACACCACCUCGAAAAGGAUAGAAGUAUACAGUGUUUUCAUAAAGAAUUGUGUUGAGACGCCACCACCUUGCAAAGUAAGAGUUUGCUCUCCGAAGAAAGUGCUUAAGAUAGUCAGGAAACUACUGAUUUUAACACAAGAAGACAAGUCUCUAAGAAGAUUCUAAGACACCUACAAGAUUGUAGAUUGCGUCUCUUGCAACUUUUUGGAGUGAUACCCACCUCCCGCACGAGAAACAUUUGAAAAAUAUUAUAUAUAGCUUUUUCUAAACCAAAAUGGGCUCCUCUACUGCUCGUCCAUCCUUCUCCAACGGCGGGACUGGGAAGGUCCUUGUCCCAAAGGUUGCCAUGGCGGCGGCAUUCAUGUUUUCCAAUGUGGAAGGCGUUAACCUUAAGCCAGCACUUAAGACUAUUGUGGUCAAGACUGCAGGUGCAGCAGCGGCACGUCGCACGGGGCAACGCAUGAUUGCUGGUGCGUCUCCUGGACUAAUUGUGCCGCCGGAUCUUCUAACACGUCAACCGCUAGUGCGUCCAUCUCCGCAAGUGAACUCUGCGGCUCGUGCUUUCGGAAGCCUUGCUGGAGCUGGAGGACAUGUGGAUUCUGAGAAGUCGUGGGGUCCGCAAAGCCAAAGUCUCGCCAAUACUCCUGUUGAAGAUUGGAAAGAGCGUCAUGCGGAUGAUCUUCGUGGUGCUACUGCAACUGCUAGUCAAGAAGACGACUAUGGCGGUAUCAUUCUUUCUGAGGAAGAAGAACACGCUUUGCAACCAUACUCAAGCAUUGAGGCCAGUGAAGCACCACAUAAAGAUAAGGCUUCAGAAGAUUCCAAGGAAGGAGGUUCCACCAAGGAAGGCCAAGGUUCUUCCCAACCUGGUGAGGGCGUGAUGGGCUGUCUACCUAAGGGCUCGAUGUUUCCUAAUCGCUGGUCGACUUUGCAACAGACUACGUGUGAGUGGGAAGCCGAUGAGUGGCAGAAGGAAUGGAAAGCAGUUUUUUACAUAGCGAGUCACGGAACCCGAACUGCAACACUUUACCCGGCAGAGUCCGAUGUGAAGGGUGACCCAUUUGAGGCGCUGGAAAAAGCAGGACCCUUGCCGCGGACACAAAGCACUGUCAUCAUGAAGAGUGUAAAUUUGUUAUAUCAGGAUUGGGAACGCAUCAACAAGGACGAGAAUUUGACUUAAGGCAAGAAACACUAGAAGUAGUACCACUAGGAAGGAGGUAAGUACUUACUUACAACAACACAAAUACACGACGAUUCUUGAUCUUGCAUUCAUUUCCGAAGGAUCAGGAGCCUGUUUAAAGUAGAAAAAGGCAUUCUUGGGGAUGCUGCUCUGUGGUAGCAGCUGUAGUCCUGUAGCUCUAAUUUGAGGAGGAAGAGAAGAAAGAACAGUUGCAGGAAGCUUUGUUCGAUUACGUGAUGCGCAAGUCGCCUCAUCCUUUGGAAAAUCUGGUGGCAAAGUAUGAUGGCAACCAGAACCACCUGGAAGCCGAGCUCCACAGCCUAAUCAAGAGGGACUGGACUGAAGUCGGAAAAGAGACGGCGGGCACCCAGUUCAAAAACUUGCUAGAAGCCUUGAUUAUUUUGGACGACGGAACGGGGGCCCCGUCGACAUCGAUCAAUUACAAGGGGAAAGAAGCGUCGAACGAGGACGCGUCGCGUCCUCGUCUUGCCUAUGGCCGCGCUAUGUGGUCCAUGUCGCGCACAGCGGAUUUGGCUUUGUUGCAGUACCUAAAGUUAUGCCAGGGGUUGCCAGUUGACCUCUCUGUAACUCAAGCAUUUUGAUAUCCUCUAAAUGAAGACCAUUUUUUCGAAAUAAAAAAUGGGGGGACGAAGAACAACUCCUGUCUGAUAUGCUGAUACGACCAUAAUUUCUUCAAGUAAUUUUAGGAAAGUCAUAGAACAAGAUCAUAUGCAACUUACUAGAGGAUCAUAGGGGUCAACAACUUGCAAACCCUAAUCACGCUGUAUCAUCCGGAGCUUCUGCCUGAGAAGAUGAAGGGUUUCUGGAACACUCCGUUCGGCAGGCUUAUCGGACAAGCAGUCCCCAUCUGUAAGCGCUCGCUGGCACUCAUGUUUGAAAAAGCAAGGACGGGAGACGGUCCGCUUCCACUGAUGGUGGAAGAAAUAAGGAGUACGAAAAAGACGACGGAGCUUAAGCGUCAAGUGGCUCGCCAGCGGGAAGAGGCGAAGGCUAGAAUGCCCAAAAAUAUGAAUGAUGAUGUGUUUUUUUGAUCAUGUCAGUCUCCUGUGGGCGAUAUGCUUUGAAUGUUGAGAACUAGAGGGAUUGCGCGUGGUCUGCAGUUCUCCGGGUCCGACAGUGGCAGCGGGCGUGCGGUCCCUAGAAGGUCUGCAGUUCUCCGGGUCCGACAGUAGCAGCGGGCGUGCGGUGAGGCUUGCUUUUGAUCAAAGGCGGAAAAAGAGCGUGCAAGUACUGGGUCGGUCACUGAGAGGAAAGAUCCCAUUGGACAUCGGUGUGCAGGAUCCACGUGUCCAGGAUCCACAGCUUAAGCUCCUAACCUCAACUUUAUAGAUUAUUCAUGAUAACACUCGACAUUAACAAAAGAGCAUAUCACGGAAAAGAGAACGAUUAAUUAUCACAGAACAAAAUAGAAAAAUUAGAAUAACGUCAGUGCUAGAACAGCGAUGUGAACAGACGGAAAUAGAAUGUAAUGUCAUCACUAUACCUAGUAUGUGUUCUACCUAUGAAAUUAUGGAUCUGAUAUUGAAGAGUCACCUCGAUCGUGAGGAGGCUCAAAAGACCGUUCAUGUUUAUCUCUUGCAAAAGGAGUCGAAAAACAUCACUCUCACAUUCAGAGUUUGACUCGCAUAGCUCCAGGCGUUGGAGUUGGAGUCUGUGGCAGUGGUUGUUGUCAGGAG